AGGUUGCAAGGAUUUCAUCCUGGUCAGUUUUGUUCUUUCUCUUGCUUGAGUUUGCGGCUUCUUGUGUAUCCAUGCUGCUCUGGUUCUCGUUGUGGCUAGCUAGCAUGUCUGCCGUCUUCUGUGAGACUUGGAUAUUUCGUCUACUCGUGUCUUUCUGUCGUGUUCUUCCCAUUCAACUUGACAAAAACGAAAUCUAAACUUAUCCCAUGUCCAUAAAACAAGUUAGUUUAUUUCAAUAUUAAGAGCCAAUAUUUAACUGUUCACCACCUAACCCUCAAUGUUGCUUUGAAGAGCGAGAAAACACUCUUCUCACAGCGACGCUACCUUGGGUUCAAGGUUCCACACGCGUUUAUCGAAGGAAGAAUGAAUACUGGGUACUGUUGACAUUAACAAAAUUGGAACUGUGAGUACUACCAUGAGUACAGUUAAUGUACUGCCACAAAUAAAUGUACUGUUCGAACUACAACUGAUGAACACUUGCCAAAGAAAAGUAAAUAGAUGUUAUGUUAACCACCGCUACCUCAGCUGAGCGUAGUUUUCCGUCGGAGUAAUCCUCUCAAGGUUCACUGUUUGUUUUAUUGUUCACAUUAAUACUUGUUAUGUGUUAUUUUUUAAUGCAGGAGUUCCUUUUCAAUUCACUCAAUAUCGUUAGUCUGAAUGCUAGGGGUUUGAGGAAUCCUACAAAAAGGAACGUUUUAUUUUUAUACUGUAAAUGCAGCAACGCAGAUUUUGUCCUUCAGGAAACUCAUUCGGGUGAAAGUGAUUUGAAAUUUUGGAAAGCACAAUGGGGAGAUAUGGCCUAUUUCAGUCAUGGAUCAAAUCAUUCUUCUGGUGUUUUGACACUUAUUCACAAGUUUAAAGGUGACAUUCUAGAAUCUACAUCUUCACAAGACGGCAGAUGGGUCAUAGUAACUGUUAAACUUGACAAUGCCAUUUUCAUAAUCUAAUGUAUACGGACAUAACUCACCUGCUCCUAAUAAGACCAUUUUUACCCAAUUUACCAGGAAAGUGCAGGAUGUAAGCAAAUACUCAAGAGGCUUUUCGAAUUAUUUCAGGGGAUUUUAAUGAAACACCUGAUGCAUCUGCUGAUCGUUUUCCUCCGAGAACGAGUCAAAACCCUCAUAACAUUAUCAUUACAUCAUGCAAGGAUCUCUGUGUUGAGGAUGCCUGACAUUGUUUCAGGCAUACCUGGACCAACAAAACUGUCACAAAUCUAGAAUAGAUUUAUUCCUAAUUUCCCCUUUUUUGUUACAGAUGUAGAUCAGUUGGCUCCCUUUUCUGAUCAAAUUGAUUUCCCUGAAUUUACAAGCUACUAAAAAAAAUCUAAAAGGUACACUCGAGGAUAUUGGAAAUUAAACACACUUCUUAAAGAUGCUACUCUCAUUGAAAACAUCAAAUCAUUAGCUAAAGAUAUUUUUUGCAAGGAAAGACUUUGGUCAUGGAAGUAGAUGGGAAUUUUUCAAAUAUAAAGUCAGUGGUAGCCAUUAAAUGCACCAAAGAUCUGAUGCAAUUAAAGAACCUUAGAGAAAAGGAGAUGAGCAAGCUUGACAGUUUUCCAAAAUACGAGGGGGUGGUCCACCCAGGUCUUACCUAGUGUGCCUAGACAGUGAAUAUACUACGGGUAUAUGUAUGCCCACGGGCCUCUUGCCUAAGCACUCCCUAGGUACCUUCCCCCCUGGGAACAAAUGAAACAGGAUAACAAACCAUUUCAUAAUCAAAACAGUGCGUCCUAUUGACACAUACCAGACAUAACCAAUCCACUCUCUCAGCAACAACUAACAUAGUAUAUACCAAAUCACUUUCUGAGAAACAACCAACACAGCUCUCAGCAAUUGAAUACUCUAUAUCACAAUCAAUCUUUCUGUAAUGAUCUCUCUUCUGAUCAGAACACUGGCUUUUAUAUAGCUUCAGAAGGAAUGGGUAAUUGAAGACAGCUGCGUCUUGACGAGGGGGCGGGUUCAGCUCUCCAAUUAGCCAAAAUAUAUAUAUUUUUCUUACUUCCCCUUUCCCAUUUUGUAUCACAAACAGUGGUGUAAAGUACUUUAAAGUACAACUUAAGUUUUUUUUUUCAGGUAUCUGUACUUUACUUUACUAUUUAUAUUUUUGACUACUUUUACAUUUACUUCACUACAUUCCUAAAGAAAGUUAUGUACUUUUUACUCCAUACAUUUUCCCUGACACCCAAAAGUACUCGUUACAUUUUGAAUGCUUAGCAGGACAGGAAAAUUGUCUAUCUGUAAAUAAAUAAAAAACUAGAAAAUGUGGCCGUUUGCUUUGCCUAAUAUAAGGAAUUUGAAAUGAUUUAUAAUUGUUAUUUUACCUUGAUACCUUAAGAAUAUUUUAGCAAUUACAUUUACUUUUGAUACCUAAGUAUAUUAAUAACCAAAUACUUUUAGACUUUUACUCAAGUUGUAUUUUACUGGGUUACUUUCACUUGAGUCAUUUUCUAUAAAGGUAUCUUUACUUUUACUCAAGUAUGACAGUUGGGUACUGUUUCCACCAGUGUUCACCAAGUGUAAUGUAUUUAUACAAUAGUUCAGUUGGGGGGCGGUAAUGCAACAUAUUGGACGCUAACCCUCUUUAAACUCCACUGAAGAAGAAGACGAAGCAGAAGUGGGGGUAUUUGCCACACUGCUGUCAAGGCAACAGAACUCAUGUAGCUAGCUAGCAGGGCCGUGAAAUAAAUUAAAUCAUGUUGCAAAACGUGGAAUUUCUUAUAUUUGAGCCAUAAUUUGCUUGCUAGAGCAAUUAGAUUCUAGCGUUUGCCACUUGCGGAGCGAACUUUAGCCACUCGUUGUUGCUGAAGUUAGCUAGCUAGCUAACAAAACAAGUUUGUCACAGACAAAAGGGGAAACCAGUGUAUUUGAGUUUGUCAUUUUGUAUUAACUAGUUAACUAUGGCAAGUAAAAAGCUCAGAAGAACGGGUGUGUCACUCGAAGUAUGCGAACGACUCAAGCGCCACCAAAUUGAAAGUUGCCAGGACCUGCUGUCCCUCACACCUCUAGAGGUGAUGCGCCUCGCGGGGCAGAGUUACCAACAGGUGUUGAUGCUACUUCAGUCAGUCAGCAAGGCCUGUGCCCCCUCAAUGACCACGGCGUUGGAGGUGUGGAAGCAGAGGGCUGACCUGUGUUUCUCCACGUCCCUACCUGCUCUGGACAGACUGCUUCAGGGAGGGCUACCACGGGGGACACUCACAGAGGUGACUGGCCCCUCAGGUUGUGGGAAGAGCCAGGUGUGUAUGAUGCUCAGUGUGCUGGCCACUCUGCCAAAGUACAUGGGUGGCCUCGACAGCGGAGUUAUCUACAUAGAUACAGAGGCGGCUUUUUCAGCGGAGAGGUUAGUGGAGAUUGCUCAGAGCAGGUUUCCAGACUACUUCUGUGAGAAGGAGCGUGUGUUGGAGAUGGCUGGACGUGUCCACCUUUUUCAGGAGCUCACGUGUCAGGAUGUCCUGGACAGACUGGAGAGGCUGGAGGAGGACAUAAUCUCCUCCAAGGCUGGGUUGGUGAUUCUUGACUCGGUGGCCUCAGUGGUGAGGAAGGAGUAUGACACAACACUUCCUGGGAACCUCAGUCACCGCAGCAACCUGCUGGGCCAGGAGGCUGCCACCCUCAAAUAUCUGGCUCAGGCCUUUCACAUCCCUGUGGUCUUGACCAACCAGAUUACGACGCAUGUGGGCGAUCGAGGAGAGAGAGGCGCUGCGUCAUUCAGGGGAGCAUCCGAUGAGAGGGAUUCUGGGUAUGUGACGGCGGCACUGGGGAACACGUGGAGUCAUAGCGUCAACACCCGCCUCAUUGUCCAGUAUGUAGACGCACACCAAAGACAGAUUGUGAUAGCGAAGUCACCUGUGGCCCCGUUUGCUGUUCUAAACUACACCGUCCAGAAGGAGGGCAUCCGUCUAGAGGGAAAUGAUGAUAACCAGGAAGUGUUGCAUCAAGGCACAGACCCGGGCCUCCAGCCGAUCAGAGUGAGGACAGGAUUCAACUACAACCUGACACAAGCCAAUCCUGCUGCCGUUGGCCAUCUGAAGCGUCUUUGACUCUGGGAACUGUGUGUGUGGGUGUGUGUGUCAGGGCUCUACAGUGCCACCAUUUUGGGGGCAUAUGCUCCUAAAUAUUUUGCUGUGCGACCAGGAAUUUUAAUUUGGGAAUUCCAGUGCCCAUAGAAAACAAAUCACCCAAGUAAUAAUUGUUGUAAUGAUUUCUCCGCAGCCUCAGUAGUAUGCAAACAUGGUGGCACAGAAAGAAAGGAAAAUAUAUUUUUUAGGAGAUGAGGAUUCAUAUAGACCCAAUGUAUAUGGAACGGUGUUUGGGUCUUUGCGUGUCAAAAAAGAUACAAGUCAAAUAACGCUAUUUGACGUAUCAAAUAACGCUAUUUGACGUGUCACGUAACGCUAACACAAUUUGACACGUCAAAUAGGCUUGUUGACCAAUCAGGACCUGAAUAUGACUACACGUCACAUAAUAAUUGAACACGUUCAGUAAUGUUUUACGUAGUUAUUACACAUUGAUUACACAAUCACCGCUGAACAUAAAAUAGCUAGCUAGCUGAUGGAUGCAAACAAUGUUCUUUGCCAAAAACAUAGCAAAAUGACAUCUGUUUCAGUAGCUAUAGUUAACUAUCUAGCUAGGUGGUGUCAUCUAAAAUACUCCUAAUUUAUAAGACAGUUCUUAUUUGAUUAAUGGUGGUUGGACCCACCUAUGUGAAGCUAGCCACAAUAGUAGAAUUGGCAGUUCGCCUUCAAAAAUGAAAUGUUAUUUGUCACAUGCGCCAAAUACAACACCUUACAGUGAAAUGCUUACUUGCAAGCCCUUAACCAACAAUGCUUUAAGAAGUUAAGAAAAACGUGUUAAAUAGAAAAAAAAGAAAAGCAUUUUUUUUUGUCCAUUUAAAAUAACAUCAAUUUGAUCAGAAAUACAAAGUAUACAUUGUAAAUGACUAUUGUAGCUGGAAAUGGAUGAUUUCUGAUGAAAUACAGAGGCCUAUUAUCAGCUACCAUCACUCCUGUGUUCCAAUGGCACGUUGUGUUAGCUAAUCCAAGUUUAUCAUUUUUAAAGGCAAAUUGAUCAUUAGAAAACCCUUUUGCAAUUAUGUUAGCACACCUGAACUUGUUCUGAAGCAAUACAUCUGGCCUUCUUUAGACAAGUUGAGUAUCUGGAGCAUCAGCAUUUGUGGGUUCGAUUACAGGCUCAAAAUGGCCAGAAACAAAGAACUUUCUUCAGAAACUUGUUAGUCUAUUCUUGUUCUGAGAAAUGAAGGCUAUUCCAUGCGAGAAAUUGCCAAGAAACUGAAGAUCUUGUACACCGCUAAAACUAGCUAGUUACCCCAGAAGUUGCUGAUAACAUCUGUAUCAGAGAUAUUUGCAAACAUUUUUGAUCCUGAUCUAAUUUCAAAUGCUCACACAGACGUUUUCCCAUUCGGUCAAACAAAUAAUUCCUUAUUACCAACGCAGUAUUCUACCACUUGACUGUGAUCGUAAUGGUGGCUCUUGGCUUGCACGUGCAAAUUCAGCACACACAAGCAUUCUACAAUAGAAUUGUAUUAUUUGACAUGUCAAAUAGUGUUAUUUGAUGUGUUUUUUUACAUGUGAAUAAAGAAACGCCAUUCCAUAAAUGUAGGCUAUAUCUCAAUCUUAAAAAUCUAUUUUACUGGUGAUAAACCCUGUAUUUUGUAAUUGCUGGCAAUUCUUCUUAUUAAAAGGGGCAAUCUGCUGUUACUACAUGCAUUUUUUUUAUUUUUAUAAAUUAAUCAUGUAAACCCAUUGAUUCUUGAGGAGUAUAAUUUAUAAAUGCCCCAUGAGCUUAGGAGACAAAAUAUAAAUAUAAACUUUCUAUAAGUUUUUCCCAAAGUAAAUGUAAACAAAGACUGCCUCAAAACAAAAAAUGAACAUUUUGAUAUCAUGGAUUGUUAGUCCUUGCAUCCAUAGCUCUAUCGUUUGAGUUUAUCCAGCCCCAUCCCGUAACCUUUUACAGAAACAAGCCUUUUGUUAUCAUUUCAACUGCGGAUUGCCUCUUUAAUAUUUGUCAUUGUGCUCCUACAUUUUUCAGCUUAGGACCACAUGUGCUCCUUGGAAGAACUGUAGAGCCAUGUGUGUGUGUGUUUUAAUGUGUGUGCGCGCAUGUCUGCUUGUCUGUGUUUGUGACUUAGUGUCUAACAUUUCCCUUGUUGUUCUCAAAAUGUUCUCAAAAUACCAUGUACAAUACUAUAUAUUCAAAUAAAACACUUCACCAACCUA